AUGGUUUCGCCGGUGGACAUUGCUACGAAUCUAGCCCUUUCAGUGGCGAUUCUCUUCUUGUCUCGCUUCCUGUGGAAUUAUCUUCGCUCUCCAUUGAAGUCCUUCCCUGGACCGGCCAGUGCCAGUUUCACCAAUCUCUGGCGAAUGUACGAUGUGUUCAAGGGUCGUUGCGAUAUCACUCAUAACAAAUUGCACCAAAAGUAUGGGCCUGCUGUUCGUAUGGGCCCCAAUGUCCUCAGUCUCUCCGAUCCAAGUUUGGUGAGCCAAGUGUUCACCACGAAGAACCCAUGGCGCAAGAGUGACAUGUACAACGUCAAUGACGCUGUUGUCGGAGGCGUCCGUUACAAGAAUCUCUUCUCGAGCCAGGAUGAGAAGUGGCAUUCGACUUACAUGCGUCCGAUCAAGAGUAUGUACUCUCUGAGCAGAGUGCAAGAAGUCGAGGAGAAUGUAGACAUCACUAUCAACUUGUUGCUUGAAAAGCUCCGAACGCAGUUCGUUGGUACUGACAAGCCUUGCGAGAUGACUGAUUGGAUCAACUUCUUUGCUUGGGAUGCUAUGAGCCAGGUCACAUUCUCUCAAGAUCUCGGAAUUCUCGAUGCAGGCAGUGACUACCGCGGAUUCGUCGGAAGAUCAAACAAGACCCUCGACUACUUUGCUUCGAUCUGCCAAAUUCCCCUCCUAGAUAUGCUUUUCGACAAAAACCCAAUCAUGCGCAUCGGACCCCCAACCUUCGUCUGGGCAAACAUCUUCAGCGUCGAACAGCUCCAAAAACGCUAUCAACAAGGCACAGAAUCAACCAAAAGCAUCGACUUUCUCUCCAAAUUCCUCGAAAUCAAAAAGAAAGACCCAGAGCUAGUUAACGACAACACCGUCAUCCUCUACCUCCUCUCCAACGUUCUAGCCGGCAGUGAAUCCACAGGAGCAUUCAUGUGCGCAGUAAUCUACUACGUCUUGAAACACCCGAACGUUUACAAGAAACUGCGCGCCGAGCUCCAAGCCGCUGACCUCUCCCUCCCGGCCAGAUGGAAAGAUAUCCAAAAACUAAAGUACCUCGAAGCUGUGAUGCGAGAGUCUAUGCGUGUACACCCGGGUGUUGGCCUUAUGCUUGAGCGAGUUGUUCCGAAGGGUGGCCUGAGUCUUCCAGAUGGCCGCUUCGUUCCCGAGGGUACGAUUGUUGGUAUGAACCCGUGGGUUAUCAAUAAGAACGAAGAUAUCUUUGGUGAAAAGACCGAUGACUUUAUUCCUGAGCGCUGGCUUCAAAGCCCCGGUGAGCCGGAUGAGAGUUUCCAGGCACGUUUUGCGAAGAUGAAGGGUACGGACUUUACGUUUGGUGCUGGGUCGCGUGCUUGCUAUGGACAGUAUCUGUCGCAGUUUGAGAGCUACAAGCUUGUUGCGACGCUUUUUAGCGCUUUUGAUAUGGAGCUGCCGAGUCGGGAUCAUGAGUGGAAGGUUAUUAACUCGUGGUUUGUGAGGCAGGAGAAUAUCCCUGUUCGCUUGAUGGAGCGGACGGGUGAGUCUGUUUCUGUCUAG